GAAGUGUGAUCUCAAAAGGGGGGUGAAUUUUAUCGUCAGAAAUAAAUACUCAAAACGGAGAGUGAAGAAGAGAAGGGGAAGAAGGGGGGGUGAGGGGAGGAUGUCGGUGAAUUACGCCGCGGGGCUCUCGCCUUACUCGGAUAAAGGCAAAUGCGGCCUCCCUGAGUUCUUUGACCCGCCAGACGAGUUGGAUAGAAAAGUCCACCAGCUGGCUGACUUGAUCCGGGACGCAUCCCACGUGGUGUUCCACACCGGCGCUGGCAUCAGCACAGCCUCUGGGAUCCCGGACUUCAGAGGCCCCAACGGCGUCUGGACCAUGGAGGAGCGGGGCCUGUCCCCCAAGUUCGACACCACUUUUGAGAACGCGAGGCCGUCUAAGACCCACAUGGCCCUCCUGGGAAUGCAGAGAGCUGGCAUCUUGCGGUUCCUGGUCAGCCAGAACGUCGAUGGCCUCCACGUACGUUCCGGCUUCCCCAGGGACAAGCUGGCAGAGUUGCACGGAAACAUGUUUGUGGAGGAGUGCAUGAAAUGUGGCAAGCAGUAUGUGAGGGACACGGUGGUGGGCACCAUGGGCCUCAAGCCAACUGGCCGGCUGUGUGACGUUUCCAAACACAGAGGACUUCGUUCCUGCAGAGGGAAGCUCAUGGACACUAUUUUGGACUGGGAAGAUUCUCUGCCUGACCGAGACCUCAAUCUGGCCAGUGAAGCUAGCAGGAGGGCUGACUUGUCCAUCACUUUGGGGACAUCCCUGCAAAUCAAGCCCAGCGGAGACCUCCCCUUGCUGACGAAGAAAAAAGGAGGGAAGCUGGUGAUUGUUAAUCUGCAGCCAACUAAGCAUGACAAGCAUGCGGACCUGCGGAUCCACGGUUACGUGGACAACGUCGUGGUGAAGCUCAUGAAGCACCUGAGCCUGGAGAUCCCCGAGUGGAUGAGUCCGGUGGUGGUGGAGAGUGCUGAACUCCUCGAGUCCAAAACGUUUGCGAAGCCCAGCACGGACUUUAAGUUCCUGACAAAGGCGGAGCCCCUCCCAGACUGCAACGGCAUUGGGGAGGACCCGGACUCCAGCGUUUCUCUGAAACGGGACUCUUGUCCCCUGGACAAUAACUCCAUCGUAGCCAAGCGAUUGAAACUGGAGCCGCUGGCUACCUGAUUGAUUGUCUGCAUGUGUGUCUGUGUUGUUUCUGUAUGUCUUAGAAACACUUUUUUUGGUUAACUUUGUCUUUAUAUAUGACUUUUUAAAAAGAAUGUCUUCCCUCCAA